GGCCUGGCGGCCGCCCGCGCCCCACGGGGCUACCCGGGGCUGCGCUGCCUUUGUCGGCGCCCCACGGGGGCGUUCUGGGGAGGAAGACCGGAGACCCCUGAAAGUUCGGUCAUCCCCUUUCUUCUGGUGCUUCUCCAUCAGGGAAGGUGAAAGGCAGAAGAGGACCUGCAGUCACUUGCAUUGUGAAGGACUGGUGUGGGCCACUGCAUUUUUUGAGUCAGAGCCAGACAAGGGAGAAUAGGAGAGGAAUGCUGUUGAAAUCUGAUUUGCAGAAAAGGACAUGGAGCAAUUAAAUAACAAAUUACACUAUGAGCACCUGUAAUUCAAGAUAAAUGGAGAUGAACGGCUGGGACAACUAAAUUAAAAUGUCUGUAGAAAGGGGAUGGGAAAUGAUGCAGAACACCAAUGCAACUGGAAGAAAAGCAUGUUGAGAUGGACCUGAAGUGGAAUCCUGACAGAGUUUCUCAUCCGGGCUCAUCUGGAGUCCAGAUGACUGAUUUGAAUUGGCGAGGCAACCAAAAUCCCAGUCCACUGAUUAAAGAUGAUGGAGAGCUGCUUAUGGAGGAACAUCUUUCCCCCAGGAAACUGAAAGCUUUGGCAGGGGUAGAUGAUCUGCAGCAAGUGAAGGCCCUAGAGAUGAGAGUAGAUACAAGAGAGACCAGCUUGGGAAACUUUGGUGUACAUCUACCUAAUCUGAGAGAACUGAAGUUGAACAAUAGCUUACUUGCGUCUGUGAGGGAUCUUGGAACUUCAUUGUCCCACCUCUGUGUCCUGUGGAUGGCUUGCUGUGGGCUCUCAGAUUUAGAUGGUAUCUCUUCCUGCAGCUCUCUAAAAGAACUCUACAUAGCCUAUAACAAUAUCUCUGAGCUGAGCCAGCUGACCUGGCUAGAUCACCUCGAGGUUUUGGACCUGGAAGGGAACAAUAUUGAGGACAUCGACCAGAUGCAGUACUUGAGACUUUGUUGCAAGCUAAGCCACCUGACAGUGGAGGGCAACCUUAUUUGCCUGAAGCCAAAUGCAGAAUCUGCAGAGGAACCAGGUUAUAAUUACAGAGCAGAAGUAAAAAAACUUAUUCCCCACUUGAAGUAUUUGGACAAAAUACCAGCAAGCCAGACUGUUCCCCUUCCUUCCAAGAAGAUGUAUGAAGAUUGUCUAAUCAUCAAGGACUCCAUCAAGGAAGGUGGUUUAGCUGGAGACAUUUCGUGGUUAGAUCCGUAUCUUGGGGCAGUAGCAAGGCAGUCUGGAUGUGGCCCAAGACCCCCAACAGCUUCCAGACCUGGAAAUGCACAGUGGUCUGCUAAUGUAGGGAGAUUUAGUGAUGCCCACCUCUUAUAUGGUAGCCGUCCUCUUCCAGAUCCUGCUGUUUCUGAUAUGCUGUUCUCAGAAGAUGACUCCAGUGAUUUGACACAUGGACUCAGUCAAGUUAUAUGUGGGAACCCCACCAAGGCCCUUCGUGAAAGGAGGCAAAAACUAGGUCCACCUGCAGUGAGCCCUUUGAAACUGAGCAGUCUGAGGACAGAAAACGUUUAUGGCUCUGGAGGAGGAAAAGAUGUGCACCAGGAAAAUGUGUCUUCUGAACUGAGAGUAUGGAGAGAGCAGCAGAAGAGGUGCCUGCAAACAGGUCAGCAAGAACAAGCCAACCAAGCUUCAAAGGUAAUUCUUAAUCAUGAGGAAGAGGGUGAAAACUUCAGCCUGACUGACAGCUCUGAAGAUGAGUUGAGGAAGGCCUAUGAUGAGGACCUCGUUGAAAGGAUUUCGCUUGAUUCUUCUUGCCACUCCAGUCUCUCCAGGUCUUCCUCAGGUUCAUCACAGACUCAGGAGGGUGCAGUAUUCUCCAACCCAAGCCCUUGUUUAAUUCCAUCCCCUCCAAAAAGCCCUUCACCUGCAUCUUUAAUGAGUGUUGCAGCAAGAUCCUGGAAAACAAGAAACCACAGGGUAAGAUGCCUAAAAAUACCCAGCCAAGAGGAGGACAGGCAGCGUACACAGCGAUGCCAGUCAAGGGCUCAUAAAGAAAAUUCAGCCCAGCCUCUGGACGAAGAACUUGCUUUCCUGAGCCUGCACAAGAUGCUGUCUGCCUCUGGAUCCCAAGGGCAGCACCAGCCUGCUGGCUGCACCAGCCAGCAAAGGCCUAUUCCAGGACCAACAGCUGUUGGAUCAACAAGGAUCAGGCCCAUCAUGGAUGAGAGACCUUCUGGAGAGAUCAACCACCGGCAUCCAGCUGUCUGCUCAUCCACAAAAGCCUCAGAGAGGUUUGGGCCAACACAUGCUUCUUGGCCCCUGACUGCCAGAGCUGUGCUGGAGCCACUGCCAGACAGUACCACUGCCACAACAUCUCAGAACAGAAGUCCUCAGUCCUAGAAAAUACUCAGUUUUCAGCAUGUGUUGGAGCCAUAUACACAGAACAGUCAUGAAGGAUCAAUGCUAUCUUUCAGCUUCUUCUGCAAGCUAAACACAGAGCUGUGCAAGUAGAGCAAUUCAAACAAAUGACAUGAUUUGCCUCAAUUCAGGGUACAGAUGGUCCAGAAAUACUUUAAAGAACAACCGCUGAUCAACCAAGGAGCUAAUGAACCUCUUAUUACAGAAAAACAUGGUUAUUUUUGCAACUUUUGUGCUCUAAAA